GGGGCAAGCUUAAAUACAGUUUGGAUAAAAUUGGGUUUAGAAACAAUUGCAAGGGUUGUAUAUUGAUUUUAAAGCGACCCAUUGUGUCGAGUAAAUUCCUUUGAGUGUCUUUAGAGUAAACAAAUUUUCGUGUCAUUUACUAUCACUGCUUGUCGUGUUGUGGAUCUGCCGCUACCCGCCUGUGCCCCCCGUGUACCUCCCCAACAGAAGUUCUGUCAGGCCGUCGGAACCGAACAACUGAAGUGUGGAAAAAAUAUAAUAAUCCUAGACGGGUUCACGGGAUUGACCCUAAGACAAUCAGCCGGAUUAAAUUUACUUAAACGUGUGUUGCAAACCUCUCCCAGUUAAAAAGGAUUGAGUAAUUUUUGUUUUUUGCAUGCACAUGCGAGACUGCCGUGUGAUGAACACGCAAGGCGAGUGAACAAAAAUGAGUUAUAGAAAAGAAGAUUCUCUGAUUUUGGAGAGUUUUUCUGAGAAACACAGACAGGGAGAUUUUCAGGUUGUGAUUUUGGAAUAGCCAUGGAUGAUGUCGCUGCGCAAAUAUUUCUGCUGGAUAGGGAAUUAAGGGAACAUUUUCGGAAACUAGGCUUCUACCGGGAGGUCCCGACCCCUGAGCUCCUACGAGAGGCCCAGCAGGUGUACUACACUUUAGACUGGCCCCAGCAGUUUGACGAUGACGGAGAUCCACUUCCUGACUCCCCGUCCUCUACACGAGACGAAGUUCUAAAUCCGGAUGAGGUUAGAGAACUGGACGAUCACGCGCUACAGACACCUAGCACAUACCUGGGGCAGCAUAUACGGUACCUUGUAGAAUACCUCAUACGACCUGCCAUCAGUGAUGUCCACAAGGCGAGGGUCCUCACAAGAUGGUUGGGUCGUUGUAUAGAUGAAGACUAUAUCAAAUACCUGCCCAGAACAGAGUGGAGUCACCCAGAAUCAGUGGCAGGCUAUAUUUGGAAGUUGAGGAAAAGACAGAUUGACUAUGACGAGUUAUUCCAGACACUUUGCUCGUAUGCCGGAUUGAAGUCCAAGAACGUUGAAGGAUGUGUUAGAAACACAAUCAAAUACGAGGUAGGAAAUGAUUUUAUGGAGCAGAGGAAAAGUUGGACUGCAGUCCUUUUGGAUGGUAAUUGGCGUUUAUUGGACGUCCGCUGGAUCUGUGAGGCCGCAUACGGAGUCGCAAAAACUAACUGGAGACUCAUUGAAGACGAAAAGGGGAAAGUAGAUACCAGCAAAGCCAUUAAAGAAAACAGAAACACGUUCAAGACACAAUGUCGGUUCAGGGAAUUCUAUUUCCUGACAGAUCCUGAAAUAUUUAUCUACGAUCAUUUUCCUGAUGACGAAAAAUGGCAGUUGUUGGCAAGAAAGGUUUCAUAUAAAGAAGCAAAAGAAAUGGCGGCUCUACGUGCAGACUUCUUCAGAAAUAAAAUGGUACUCCGAUCUCAUCCCAAAUGUAUCACAGAAAGCGACGAUGGCAUAGUAAAAUUUGUCAUAGGACUGCAAGAGGAUACUCGAAUGACGUUUGUUUAUAAAUUAUACAGAUCUAAAAGUAGCAAAGAACCAAUGGAUCCAUCCAGAAAAGAGCUCGACAGAUAUGUCUUCAUGGAGAGAGACAGUGAUGAAUGUGUGGUGCGGGUGGAGAUAAGAUGCCCUGCCGAGGGAGAGUACCUGUUCGAGUUACACGGGAGUCAAAAUGUUGAGUCUUGCCAUUCCUUGUUGUUGACAUACUUCAUUAGAUGCACUGGAAUUAAGGGUGUGAUUACUCCACUGCCACCCAACAUCAGACAGGAGUGGGGUCCCGGAGAGGACACACGAGAUAUGGGAAUGGUCCCUGUCACCCAUAGAAAGGGACAGGUGGAAGCAGACGAUGGGGGUGCAGAGAUCACAUUUAAUUUAGAAAAAGAUCUUGAAUUCAAACACGACCUUGUCAAAGGUGAUGAAGACGUCUCAGUCACGGAUGGUCACGUGGUACACACAAUAGAGAAUGGAAAGAUGAACAUCAGCUUGAGAUUGCCCUCUUCCGGAGAAUAUGCUUUGAACGUUAUGGCAAAAGAGAAGUUCAAAAAGACAAGAUUUGCUCCAGCAUGUAGCUAUCUUGUAAGCUGCGAUGAUGAGCCACUACAGACAAAACCCUUACCAAACAUUGACGGGCGACAUCUUGGAACAAAUCAGAAAUUUCAUGAAUUAGGAUUUAAAGAGGAUGAUGCCUGGACAUCCUAUAUAAAUAACCUCGUUACGGGGGAAUUCUCUAUGCAAAUUCAUAAGCCUCAUGACGUCUUUGUUGCGGCAACUUUGGAGCUUGAAGAAGGAACCAAAUCAGAAACGUUUGACAAUUUUGUUAUCUGUGACACUCAAGACAACAAGGUUAAGGUCACUGCUCUUUUCCCUAAAAGUGGAACAUACAAACUGACGCUCUAUGCCAGAGUAGAUUCCAUUCAAGAUGAAAACAAGCACAUACCUAUCUAUACCAAAAUCAUCGAAGUCGUUCUACCCACAUUAGCGGGGAUGCCGUCUCCCAUUCAAUCCAGCAUACCAGACUGGUGUCAUGGUUACCAUUUAAAAGAGCCAAGAAGCUUGUACUUAGCAAGUGGAGAGAUGACCAAGAUCUCAGUUUCCGUCGCAGAAGCCCACAAUAUAAAGGUAAAAGGUCACCCAGAAUGUCACCUAAAACCAAAUGACGAAGGUUACUGGGAAGGUUAUUUAAAGACCGGACCUCCCAGAAGUACCGUGGACCUCCUGGUCAGCGAAUCUCCUCAUGGACAGCCAUUUAAACUCAUAUCAUAUCAGGUUGUAUCAAAAGAAGAACUCUUGCAAAUCGAAGUGGAACAAGAGGAGCUCUUUAAAAAGGCAUUAGAUGAACUUCAGACACUUGAAGAAGAAAAAUAUGCUAGAGUGCUCGUCCGAAUGCAACAAGCAGUGAAGGACAGAAACAGACAAAAGUUACAGAAACUGUUAUACCGUGCUAAAGAAAUGAAACCUGAUCAAGUGGAUGUGGAAAUCGUUCGAGCUGAGCGAGUGUUGAGGGAACUGGUUGAUAAAGAAGAAAAAGACAUUGCUAGAAAGGAACUAAGAAAGGCAACCAGAACAUGUGAUCUUCCAAGUCUGGAAGGUGCUCUUUUAAAGAUCAAACGAUUGAAACUUCCAGAGGAGGAUGGAGAUAUAUCUGCUGCAGAGGAAGUCCUACAGACACUAAGAGAAAAACAAGAAGUUGCGCUUGGAAAGACACGUGACAAGUCACAACAAACAUCUGAAGCACCUGCUCCACUUUUCUAUGGCAAUCACAGUGGUGUGCAUAUUUAUGUAAUGCACGAUGGUCGCGUUCAACACUCUGAAAUUGCUCCUGAUAACAGCGUCUUACAGUCGAGUCGUUUGACAAGAGAUGCUGAUGUUCAAACCUUGGACAAUUCUGCUGAUGAGGAGAUUAAAGAAGAUUUUAUAUAUUUAGCAAUGGAUUCUUCGACACCAAGAAAGACGAGAAAGACAGACACAUCUAAGGUACCUGAACUGUUACGUCAGCAUCUGAAGAAACGUCACCUAAUGGAAGAUGAAAUCGACGCUGAGGAAAUUGAGCCGUCUGCUAUGGGUGCUUUGUCUAUGAUUGACCAUGAAGAAAUCGGAGAUAGAUCAUACACGAGUCGCGGAGGCUCCGGAAGCUCUCGGUCAUGGAAAUCUCGAACGAUGGACGUAUUCAAGAAAUAUUGGCACGUGAUGAAGGAGAAGUCAGAAUUAAAUCGUCAAACACUCAACGAUGACAUCGAAAACGAGGUCCAACGUCUGAAGCACAUAAACCAAAUGUGUAGAAAGAUGUCCCGUGCCGCACGUCGUAUCGGACUCAACUACAACAAUCUGAUAGACAGCGAGCAGAUGUUCCACGACAUCUUGAACGAACCAAACGACCAAAACGACAGUCUAACGGAAGACUUCUGCAACACGUCUGCGAUUCAACAAGACGUUAUCAUCGUGGAAGAAGGACUCAAAUCUGCAUUUGAGGAUUUUGCUAAAAGCAUGGAUGGUCUCUGUGUAGAACUUAUCACCAAAGCUGAGAACACUGCAAAGGAACUGGAAAGGACAAGGUUAGAAAUGGCAACUGAGGACUUGCUGAGCUCCAGUUCCAAGAGCUCCCUACGGAGUGACUCGGGAGUUGGCGGAUCCAGCGAUAGGGACCAUCCGGAUUACGUGAAAACCUCAUUUUACGCCGCCAAAAAUACAAUACUAGAGGAGUUACGCUCUACUAACGCUUCUACGGAGGAAGACAUCAGGCGACAACUCGCCGCUUUACAGAAGCACAUGGCCGACUAUCACCAUGGCAACACCUCUUCUCAUGGCGCAAACACUUCCGGAAACCAUUCCGGGUUGUUCUCAAACUCAUGGAAGCUCUAACAGACCAAAAAGGAACCCGUGCGAUAAAGAUCACUGGGUUACCCCCACUGCAUUGCUUAGUUAUAAAUCUUGAGAAUUCAUGCCACAUUGUACGAACUGGAUUUACUACAAGUAAUGGAUUAAGUUUUACAAUAUUGCGAUAUUAUUAAAUCUGUGAUAUAUAUCAAAUGAUGCUUGAUAUUUAAACCGGUUUGUGUAGAAUAGAAGAAUGGUUUGCAUUGUAUACACGCUUGCUUUAUUCUUGCACUUUGUGUCCAUUCAGUUAUACAGAAUGCAGCAUAUCAUAUACGAGGUUUAUAGAGAUCUUUAAAAUGUAUUUUCUCCACGUGGUAUUUACCUUGUUUCCCUUCACAAUAAAUGACUUGACAUAACUUUGGUGACAGAAUAUUUUGAUAGGCAUCGAUAAUAAUAAAGUAUUGUUACUUUUUAAUGCAAAAUAAAGGGGAAAAAUUUGUUUUUAUUUUCAAAUAAAAUGUUGUUAUUAUUGUGGUUAGCUGUUGACUUGAUGUGCAGUUUGAAAGGUGGGUCUCAUUGUUAUCUUUACUAAAUGUAUUUCGUCUCUUCAUUAAUGUUGAUUAUUUGUUAUCAAAUCUUUUAUCAUUGUUAUAUUUUGUUGUUUUCUUCAUAAUAAAUUGUGCUACAGAAAUAUUAAAGUAUAUUUAUUACAAC